AUGAUGAAAUGGAUUCAUAUUGGAGCAAUCCAAUUGGUAAUCAAGUCCGGACUUCAACCUGGGACAGAUACACCAAUUGAUAUUGCAAUUUGUGACAAGAGGAUCACAAAUGCGAAAGACUCAGUGCUGGGAGCCUUCUCAGGCAAUAUGUACGCCAUGAAGAUUAUAACCGAAUUAUAUCCACAUAUCGCUUAUAAUCUUCAAGAUUCAUCAUUCAGUCGAGCCUUGACACUCUACCAGGACUACAAGAGGAAGGAUCUAUUAACGGGAGAAAAUAUGCCAUAUUCGAUUACAUAUCAAGUAUCAUAUGCCCUAUCAAAUUCCCACCACACGGAUUUAUUUCUGGGAAAGAAGUUUAUUGAGGUCCCCGAAAUAUUCAAAGAAGUAGCCAAGGCAGUAAGCCUUGACCAAGUUGAAAUUCCUAUAAUAAGGGAAAUUGACAUCCAAGUUGGAGAUAAGCAGGUGCUGAAACAUAAUCAAAGUCUCAGAUUGGGAGCACCAAGGCUAUCAUUCCAAGGAGAAAGGCUGACCUCAAGGCCUUUAGAAAGAAGCUCCUCUCAUUCCUACGAGAGAAGGGCGAUCCAAGAAACACCAGUUCGAGGCAUAAGAGUAAAACUCAAAUGCCCAGAAGGAUGGAGAAGUGUUUCCACAAGAAUUGAUACAACUGAAAGGAAAAAUCAAUUUCCUUGCAACACGUUGUACUAUUUGGCAAAUCUUGAAAGCAAUCGAUAUAUCGAAAUUCUGGAGAUUGGAGGCUUUGAGAUCCAGAUCGAGGGCAAAGCCGGACAAGAAGCUGACGUCCUAAUCUUAGGACGGAAUUUCCUUGACAAUCAUCAACCAUGGUCAAAGGAAGUAAGUGGAGUGGAGAUCACAAUUGACGGAAAGCGGUUGCUGAUCCAAUGA